AUGGCACUUACAACAUUUCACCUCUUUUCUCGACUGCCGCCGGAGCUUCGAGCCAUGAUAUGGGAUGCAGCAGUCCGCCCCAAUCUCCCAUCGGCUCACUUCUUCACUGCCUGGAAUGGGGAGGAAAACCGACCUUAUACUACAGAUUAUUCCACUCUGGCUAAUCACUCGGUAGCUGGGCGCGGACAUACACCCGGUGUCCCAUGUGGCCUAGCUGCUCCGUGCCGUAACGGACAAGAGCCCGAUACUCCUUCAUGGUUUUACAAUAACCCUUCGGCCUACAUUAUAGACAGCGGACUAUGGACGGCCUGCCGGGAGUCUCGACGAGCGAUGAUAAAACGCUUUGGAAACCAUAAGGUGACUUAUCGGAAGGAAACAAGAGCUCAAAUGGCGGUUGAACCGCCCCCAGAGUUCAACGAUGCACCUGCGACCGGGACGAUGAUACAAGACGGCAAAAGGCAGUACUUUACUGUCUGUCCCAAGACGGAUCUAUUCUGUUUGCAGCCGUUUAACAAAAAUUUCCCUCUAAUCUGGUGGGAGUUCGAGAGCGAUGUGCCAAUAUUCAACAUACGCGGUUCUCCUCGAGUUCAUAUCGCUCUGGAGUUCGAUCCCCAUUGGACAGACCGACUGGGUGAAUUCCGAAGUAUGCCGGCAGGGUACGAGAUAGAGCUCCAUGGCCAAAGUCGGAAUGAGCUUAGAUGUGUGCUCUGGGCCGCCGCGUUCCAGCAAUCUGGUUAUAAUUGGGCUAAGAAACUAUGGUUCAUCGACUACCGAAUCUCUUGGAACCAUAAUUUCGGGCCAUUGAAUUACGAUGGCGAUCAUCGCAUGGUGUUUUAUGGCAGAGGCUGCAAGUUCAUCGAAGUAAAUGAAAACAGUCCGGGUUGGGUUAUGGGUCAUGAGAGACCAGAUGAAUCGAUACAUAAUUUUCUAAGAGUACUAAGAGAUUUGCUCAGAAUUCAAGCGAUACACUAUAUGACUAGCGCAUGGUUAGCCGUACAAUCCGGCCGCCCAGCGAACUAUGGCUUUCCAUACUCGCAAUCACCUAAAAUUGGUAUUUUAGCAUGCAUUGAAGGUGAUUAG